UUAUAGUAUUAACUGUUUAUCUAGCAUGUUUUGUGUGUACUUUAUGUUAAUUUUGAGUACUUUGUUUUUGGUUAUUUUGUUUGUGUUCAGAUUUUGGUAAUUAAAAUACACAAAUAAUAAUAAUAUAAUGAAGCGUCGUACGUUAAAUAUGGUUCAAAUGGCUGAAAAAAAUGAAACAAUCUCCCAUUCUAGUAAGAAGUGUAAUAAGUUCUAGGAAACGAAAUCAAAAUUCUUUAAAAAUAAGAAAUGUCACUUAUGAAUAUUAUUUCAAUCAUGAUGGAAGACCUAAAAAGUGCUGCAAAAAAUGUUUUCUGACUACAUUACAUGAAAAUGAGAAGUUUGUCCGUACAGCUAUUGAAAAUAAAAAUUGUAGUCCACCUGGUAUUACCAAGUUAGAUGGUCGUGGAAAAAGAUGUCCUGUUAACAAAACUACAGAAGAAGCAAUUUUAAAUGUUCAAAAACAUAUUUCAACAUUCCCAACAUAUGAAAGUCACUAUACUCGCCGUACUAAUGAUACAAAGUAUUUACCAUCACAUUUAAAUCUUACUUUGAUGUACAAAUUAUACCGUUCUGAGACUGAAAAACCAGUUAGUAAAUCAAUUUAUGAAAGGGAAUUCAAGAAAACAAAAUUAAAAUUUAAGUUGAGAAAAGCGGACACUUGUCAUAAAUGUGAUGUUUUUAAAAUGAAGAUUGAAAUGGAAACUAAUGAUGAAAACAAAAAAAAAUUGAUUGAAGAUCGUGAUCACCAUGUAAAAAAUGCUGAUGAUGCAUAUAAUACUAAAAAAAUUGACAAAGAUAAAUCUAAAUUAGACCCUACAAUCCUUUGUCUAACUUUUGAUUUACAACAAUGCUUGCCAACCCCAUUUCUUGAAACGUCUGUUGCUUUUUAUAAAAGAUUGUAUUGGACUUAUAAUCUUUCUACACAUAAUCUGGCUACUGGUCAGGCAUCUUGUUACUUGUGGCACGAAACAAUUGCUCGAAGAGGUGCUAACGAAAUAGCAUCAUGUAUUUAUAAAGAACUUUCAAAUAUAUCAAAUAAUGUGAAAACAAUAAUACUUUAUUCAGACUCUUGUGCAGGCCAAAACAAAAAUUCAUACUUUUCUUUUUUAACUCCUGGUCACACUCAUAUGGAGUGCGACUCAGAUCACUCGCUAAUAGAAAAACAGAAGAAACAUUCCGCACUUCAAAUUGCACAUCCAAGAGACUGGGCUACACUUAUAAGCUGUACAAACAAAAAGAAACCUUUUCUUGUGCAUGAAAUGGAUCAGGAACAUUUUUUUAAUUUUGAAAAAUUAUUGAAAGGACCUUUAGUAGUACGCAAAAAAGAUGAAAAUGGAAAUAAAUUUGUUUGGCAUGAUGUUGCCUGGUUGCAAUAUAGAAGUAGUAACAUUGGUACAUUAUACUACAAAACAAGUUUAUCUGAAGAUGAACCGUUUAAAAUAGUAAAUCUAAAAAUAAGANUUACUACAAAACAAGUUUAUCUGAAGAUGAACCGUUUAAAAUAUGAUUCUACUGAGAAACAAGAUUAUGAUCCAGAUCUUGAUGAAGAUUUGUCUAUUGAUAAUGAUGAUUAA